AGGGGACAGUCGCCCUUCGUCCUUUCCUUUGGUGCUGUACCGGCUGCGGUGAGGAACUCGGCGCUCUUGCUCCGAGAGGGGCCAGGUUCCUCCACCAGAGCUUCUGUCGCUCUGUAACCUGCACUGUGACCUACACUAGUCGCGGGAGCCACGCAGAGGACGCCGGAACACCCUGGAAGCCGAGAAAUGGACCCAGUGGCCUUUGAGGAUGUGGCUGUGAACUUCACCCAGGAGGAGUGGGCUUUGCUGGAUAUUUUUCAGAAGAAUCUCUACAGGGAAGUGAUGCUGGAAACUUUCAGGAACCUGACCUCUAUAGGAAAAAGUUGGAAAGACCAGAACAUUGAAUAUGAGUACCAAAACCCCAGGAGAAACUUCAGGAGUCUCAUAGAAGAGAAAGUCAAUGAAAUUAAAGAAAACAGUCAUUGUGGAGAAACUUUUACCCAGCUUCCAGAAGACAGGCUGAACUUCCAGGAGAAGAAAGCUUCUCCUGAAGUAAAAUCAUGUGACAGCUUUGUGUGUGGAGAAGUUGGCAUAGGUAACUCAUCUUUUAAUAUGAACAUCAGAGGUGACAUUGGACACAAGGCAUAUGAGUAUCAGGAAUAUGGACCGAAGCCAUGUAAGUGUCAGCAACCUAAAAAAGCCUUCCGAUAUCGCCCCUCCUUUAGAACACAAGAAAGGGAUCACACUGGAGAGAAACCCUAUGUUUGUAAAGAAUGUGGAAAAACCUUUGUUUUCUAUUCAAGCAUUCAAAGACACAUGGUAAUACACAAAGGAGAUGGACCUUAUAAAUGUAAGUUUUGCGGGAAAGCCUUCCAUUGUCUCAGAUUAUAUCUUAUCCAUGAAAGAACUCACACUGGAGAGAAACCAUAUGAAUGUAAACAAUGUGGUAAAUCCUUCAGUUAUUCUGCUACCCUUCAAAUACAUAAAAGAACUCACACUGGAGAAAAGCCUUAUGAAUAUCAGGAAUGUGGGAAAGCAUUUCAUAGUCCCAGAUCCUAUCGUAGACAUGAAAGGAGUCACACGGGAGAGAAGCCUUAUCAGUGUAAGGAAUGUGGGAAAGCGUUCACGUGUCCCCGUUAUGUUCGUAUACAUGAAAGGAUCCACUCUAGGAAAAAAUUUUAUGAAUGUAAGCAGUGUGGGAAAGCAUUAUCCUCUCUUACAAGUUUUCAAACACACAUAAGAAUGCACUCUGGAGAAAGACCUUAUGAAUGUAAGAUAUGUGGGAAAGGCUUUUGUUCUGCAAAUUCAUUUCAAAGACAUGAAAAAAUUCACAGUGGAGAUAAACCCUAUAAAUGCACGCAAUGUGGUAAAGCCUUCCCUCAUUCCAGUUCCCUUCGAUAUCAUGAAAGGACUCACACUGGAGAGAAACCCUAUGAGUGUAAGCAAUGUGGGAAAGCCUUCAGAUCUGCCUCACACCUUCGAGUGCAUAGUAGAACUCACACUGGAGAGAAACCCUAUGAAUGUAAGGAAUGUGGGAAAGCCUUCAGAUAUGUGAAUAACCUUCAAAGUCAUGAAAGGACACAAACACACAUAAGAAUACACUCUGGGGAAAGAUGUUAUAAAUGUAAGAUAUGUGGGAAAGGCUUUUAUUGUUCCAAAUCGUUUCAAAGACAUGAAAAAACUCACACUAGAGAGAAACUCUAUGAAUGCAAGCAAUGUUUUAGUUCCAGUUCCUUUCGAUAUCAUGAAAGGACUCACACUGGAGAGAAGCCAUAUAAAUGCAAGCAAUGUGGGAUAGCCUUCAGAGCUGCCUCAGUCCUUCAAAUGCAUGGUAGGAGUCACCCUGAAGAGAAACCCUGUGAGUGUAACCAAUGAGGGAAAACCUUCAGAUCUGCCCCACACCUUCGAAUGCAUGGUAGGACGCACAAUGGAGAGAAACCCUAUGAAUGGAAGGAAUGUGGGAAACCCUUCGGAUCUGCCUGGAACCGUCAAAUUCAUGAAAGGACACAAGCACACAUAAGAAUGCACUCUGUAGAAAGACCUUAUAAAUGUAAGAUAUGUGGGAAAGGCUUGUAUUCUGCCAUGUCAUUUCAAAUACAUGAAAAAUCUUACACUGGAGAGAAACUCUACGAAUGUAAGCAAUUUGGUAAAGCCUUUUUUCUUUCACUUCCUUUCGAUAUCAUGAAAGGACUUAUACUGGAGAGAACCCCUAUGAGUAUAAGCAAUGUGGGAAAGCCUUCACAUCUACCUCACACCUUCGAAAGCAUGGUAGGACUCACACUGGAGAGAAACCCUAUGAAUGUAAGCAAUGUGGGAAAGCCUUCAGAUCUGUCAAAAAUCUUUGAAUUCAUAAAAGGACACACGGAGAGAAACCCUAUGAAUGUAAGGAAUGUGGAAAAGUGUUCCAUAAUUUCUCUUCUUUGCAAAUACAUGAAAGGAUGCACAGAGGAGAGAAGCCCUAUGAAUGUAAGCAUUGUGGGAAAGCAUUCACAUCUGCCAAGAUCCUUUGAAUACAUGCAAGAACACACACUGGAGAGAAACCCUAUGAAUGUAAAGAAUGCAGAAAAGCAUUCAGCUUGCCUGUUUCCUUUCAUAGACAUGAAAAGACUCAUACUUGAAGGAAACCCUAUGAAGGCAAGCAAUGUGGCAAAGUUUUCACUUCCAGUUCUUUUCAAUAUCAUAAAUCACUGUAGGGAGAAACCCUAUCAAUGUAAUCAAUGUGCAAAAGCCUAUUCCACUUCUUUUCAAUAUCAUGAAAGGACUCACACGGGAGAGAAACCCUAUGAGUGUAUGCAGUGUGGGAAAGCCUUCAUUUCUUCUAGUUCCCUUCGAUACCAUGAAAGAACACAGGGAGAGAAGCCCUGUGAAUGUAAGCAAUGUGGAACCUUCAGAUCAGCCUCACACCUUCAAAUCCAUGGAAGGACUCACACUCAGGAGAAACCCUAUGAAUGUAAACAGUAUGGGAAAGCAUUCAGACCUGGCAAGAUUCUUUGAAUACAGAUAAUGAAUGUAAACAAUUAACUGUUUAUAAUAACUGUAUACUAACAAAUGUUAUUCCUUUUAAAUAAUUAAGAAGCUAUAAUACCCCAUUGGUGUCAUGUAUUAGAUCAACCUUAUACUGUUAAAUUGUUAUUACUUGGACAUUGUGAGUCAGUAUAACCAUGUGGAUAAAAUGCCAGGCAUUUUUUGUUUUUUUUGGAAAAUUU